GACAAAGAGCCUCAGAGUCAGUAAAUGUCUUUGUUUUCUGGCUCAAUUUUCUGUGGAUGCACCUUCUUUGAUUUCUCUUAAGCCCUAUGCUUGGCACCACGAUCUUGUUUCAAUGACUGGUCUAUCAGACUGUGCCUUGUUUUGAGAAGAGCAUGGCUUGCUGCUUUUAAAUCAGUUUGUUAGAAGACAAAGCUAACCUACCAGGAUAUCUAAUGCCCACAAUUAGCUGUUUAUGCCAAUUGACCAUCUUCUUGUUAUUUAUAAUUGGUAAUUAGAAAAUCAUCACUUAUAAUUAUUCUUGACAGAUAUUGACUAAAGAGAACUAUAGAAACAUAGCUGUCCUUGGGGAUUCUUAGUAGGAAAACCAUGUAGAUAAUUAUAUUGAGAUCUUUAAGACCUGGGUCAAUAUUUCCAAUUAUCUUCACAGUUAGCUUCCAGAUGUUUACAUUGUUUUCAAAGACAAAGUUUGGCUCUCGUUUUUAUAAAUUCUACAAGUGUGAAAUUGGCAGUCAGGUGUGUUUUUUUCAUGUUGCAAACCAAUUUUAUAUAGAACUGAGAAUACAUUUUUCUCAAUUAACAUUUGCAUCAUCCUACAAUCUUAGAGGUGAAAGGGACCCAGAAAAGUCAGUUUCUUUCAUUCUGUUUCUCUGAGUGGACCACACCUAAGACAUUCCACUUAGAUGAGAAUCUAUUUUGUUGAUGAAGAAUCACAGAGCACAAACUUCAGCCCCCUCUUUUGGUAACCCAGGCUGGUGUCUGACAUUUUGAUUGGUGACUUAACGCAUAUCCAGGAAAUGAAUUUUUAGUGGCUUUGAACCUCUUUUUUUAGAUCCCAAGUACAAAUACUAAACCAAUCAUCUGUGUUCCUCAAAUAAGUAGUUGAUUUCUUUAUUUUCAUUCAUUUUUACCACCUUUCCAGGUUUACUUAUGAAAUUGCUCCAGUAUUUGUCCUUAUGGAGCAAAUAACUCUUAAGAAGAUGAGAGAGAUAGUUGGAUGGUCAAAUAAAGAUGGUGAUGGGAUAUUUUCUCCUGGGGGAGCCAUCUCCAACAUGUACAGCAUCAUGGCCGCGCGCUACAAGUUCUUCCCCGAGGUCAAGACCCAGGGCAUGGCGGCCGUGCCCAAGCUGGUCCUCUUCACCUCCGAACAUAGCCACUACUCCAUCAAAAAGGCCGGGGCUGCGCUUGGCUUUGGAACCGACAAUGUGAUUUUGAUAAAGUGCAAUGAAAGGGGGAAAAUAAUUCCUGCUGAUUUAGAGGCAAAAAUUCUUGAAGCCAAGCAAAAGGGAUAUGUUCCUCUUUAUGUCAAUGCAACUGCUGGCACGACUGUUUAUGGAGCCUUUGAUCCGAUACAGGAGAUUGCAGAUAUAUGCGAGAAAUACAACCUUUGGCUACAUGUCGAUGCUGCCUGGGGCGGUGGGCUGCUCAUGUCCAGGAAGCACCGCCAUAAACUCAGUGGCAUAGAAAGGGCGUGCUCAGUGACCUGGAACCCUCACAAGAUGAUGGGCGUGCUUCUGCAAUGCUCUGCCAUUCUCGUCAAGGAAAAGGGGAUACUCCAGGGAUGCAACCAGAUGUGUGCAGGCUACCUCUUCCAGCCAGACAAGCAAUAUGAUGUCUCUUAUGACACUGGGGACAAGGCAAUUCAGUGCGGCCGUCACGUGGACAUUUUCAAGUUCUGGCUGAUGUGGAAAGCAAAGGGAACAGUGGGAUUUGAAAAUCAGAUCAACAGAUGCUUGGAACUGGCUGAGUACCUCUAUGCCAAGAUUAAAAACAGAGAAGAAUUUGAGAUGGUCUUCAAUGGUGAGGUGGCUCCAAAAAUCAAAGCUCUGAUGAUGGAGUCCGGCACGACCAUGGUUGGCUACCAGCCUCAGGGGGACAAGGCCAACUUCUUCCGGAUGGUCAUCUCCAACCCAGCUGCUACCCAGUCUGACAUCGACUUCCUCAUCGAGGAGAUAGAAAGACUGGGCCAGGAUCUUUAA